AUGGCGAUUAGAAAGCAACAGUUAUUUAAUAAAAAACGCAAACUUGGUAUGGUUAAUUUUGGAGUAAGCCCUUUGGAAGGUGAAGAUGAGGAUACAAUAGCAACUCAGGCUUUAGUUUUCAUGCUCGUGGCUUUAAAUGAGAAUUGGAAACUGCCUGUUGGGUACUUUCUAAUAUCUGGAAUAACAGCUCAAACAAAGGCCAACUUAAUAAAAAUAUGCUUAGAGAAGUGCCACGAGGUUGGUGUAACUGUCGCAAAUCUCACAUUUGAUGGGUGCGCUGCUAAUUUUAAAGCUGCUGAAAUUCUAGGAUGUCAGCUGUCUGAUGUGAAUAAUUUGAAAACUUACUUCCUUCAUCCAAGUACAUCAGAAAAAAUAUGCAUUUUCAUUGAUCCCUGCCAUGUAAUUAAAUUAAUUAGAAACUCUUUUGAACGAAAGAGAUUAUUGUUUGAUGGAAAUGACCAGAAAAUUAAAUAG